AUGUCCAGUGCUGUUUUGUUAUCAUUGCACCAACAACUGAAAAAAUGCUUUGAGACGUUAAAAGCGAAUAAAAGCGUUUGGGACGGUGAAUUAGCUGAAUGUAAACCUCUCAUGAGCUCUCUUGGAAACCUUGCAGUGCAGUUGAAGGCAUUGAAAAGCGUUCAGAUUGCAACCACACCUCUUGCCAGUUUCCCUAGUUUACAAGAACGCCUAUAUUACAAACUGUCACUGGCUGUGGAUGCAGUUCUGGGAAAACUAGCUGAGAAAAUGGAUGCUCUUCAGAGUGUGCGGGAUGCCAUCAGUCAACAGGUGUCUGCUGUUUUCCAGUUCUAUGAGAAGAACACAGACACUCUUGACAUUGCUGGUUGUGUCUCCAGAUCAGCCAUCUGUCCCUCCAUCUCAGACAUGUUAGAGUGGCUUCAAGAUGCAGAUCGCUAUUACCGCCUACAAUUAGUGCAAAGAAGGAACCUUCUGCAGACGCUGACACCCAAUGACCUUACGUUAAUGGAAACGGCACCAAAGAAAUGGGAAUCUCUACAUUCAGCUACUGGAGAGGAGAGAAUUGCAGAUGCAUUGUGUCAAGUAUCAUUCUUCAUGGAGACUGAAUGAAUGUCAGCUGUGUUAUCAAGAAGUCAUUUCCACAUCCUGUGUUGGCUGUUGUUCUCAGUAUGUCAAUGAAGGAUCCUUUACAAAAAAAAA